GCCAUGGUUGGGAAGAUGUCUGCAGGUGAUUUAAAAGAUCUGGAGUGAAGUUGAUGGUUCUAUUUUGAGAAUUCUCAAAUCUAUGAGCAAGUAUAUGUAUAGAGUGAUAGUCCCAAGUUGGUGAUAUAUAAUCGACUGUCAUCUCCGACAACACUGGCAUUUUUAAAUAUAUCAACCACAAAGUUCAAUCCAAUGUUCUUCACCGCACUCUGGGCAAGAAGCCAAUGAAUGUCGUAUCAGGAAAAGGCAUCUCGUUUACCCUCGACUCUGAUGAGACCAUCAUCGAUGCUGCCUCAGGCCCUUCCGUGGCGUGCCUGGGGCAUCACCAGCCCGAGGUCACCGAAGCAAUGCUGCGUCAUCUCAACAGCAAUAUCGCAUAUGCCUAUUCCGGAUCUGCAUUUACUACUAAUGCCACCGAGGAACUGGCAUCGUUGUUAUUGCAAGGCCGACCUGGGGGCCUUUCCAAGGUAAUCUUUGUGAACUCCGGCAGUGAAGCGACCGAUGCUGCUGUCAAACUGGUCAUACACUACUGGCAGGAGAAGGGGGAGAACCGGACUCAUUUUAUCGCCCGGAGGCAGAGUUACCAUGGAAAUACUAUAGGUGCUCUGUCUGUGUCUGGUCACGAAGGACGUCGGGGAAUAUGCAAGAGCUUCAUGUCUUCAAAUGUCUCGUUUGUGGAUCCGUGCUAUGAAUAUCGUAUGAGGAAGAGCGACGAAACAUCAGGAUAUUGUGUUGAUCGCCUGGGUCAGCAACCUGAACAAGAAAUUCUGCGAGUUGGUCCUGAGAAAGUGGCUGCGUUUGUUGCAGAGACAAUCAGUGGCACCACUUUGGGAUGCGUGACGGCGGUCCAUGGCUAUUUCAAAAGGAUCAGGGAGAUAUGCGAUCGAUAUGGAGUUCUGCUUAUUCUUGAUGAGAUUAUGUGCGGCAUGGGUAACACUGGCACGAUGCAUGCCUGGCAAGACGAAGGCAUUCGAGGACCAGAUAUCCAAACCAUCGGAAAGGCAUUGGGUGGUGGAUUCAUUCCACUGUCUGCUGCUUUGCUUCAUGAGAAGAUCUUUGACGCUUUGUGCGGUGGGAGUAAGGCAUUGGCUCAUGGGCAUACAUUUCAAGCCCAUCCUCUUGCAUGCGCAGCUGCAGUUGCAGUCCAGAAGAUCAUCCAACGGGAUAACCUCUUGGAGAAGCUGCUCCACGCUCGCUUUGCCUGUCUGCCAUUUGUUGGCGAUAUUCGAGGUCGUGGUCUAUUCCGGGUAGUUUAAUUUGUGCAAGACACAGAAAGACGACUUCCAUUUGCUAUUGAAGAGCAAUUCUCCGAUAAAGUCGUAGAGGAGGCGUUGCAAUUGGGACUUCAUAUUCUGGGCAAUUUGGGCCGUACUGGGGAAUAUCACGUCGACCAUGUCAUCAUUACACCACUGCAUACUGUCACUGCAGAGGAGAUUCAUACGAUCGUGGAGCUAUUGGAGCAGGCUAUUGUGACUGUUAGUACAAAAUAUCAUGCUUAAAAUGGAUAGAAUGAUCAUCAUCGAUUACAGGCGGC